CUCCAUUUUACUAUGACACAGCAUUUUCUGUAUGAUUUGUUGAAAAACUUCACGCCGAACAAACCCUUUCAGGAAUGGACUUUUAGAAAAUAGAGUGACCACCUCAAGGCUUUGGGGAACGUUCCGGUGUUCUUGGAUUUCAAAUAAUUGGAAAAAUGGCAGAUUUGUAUUUUUGUGUUUUUGGGGUGACGACAGGGCGAUAUUUAACAUUGGAGUCGAUUAGAUAUUUGGCUGCCUUUUUUUUGGCGAAAUGGGACAAAUGUUCUCCGUAAAAGUUACAUUUUCUGAGAGAGGACGUGUGUGUCUACGUUUUCACCGAAACACGUGACACUGGGAUGAAAGAUGUGGCCGUGAGGACAGGUUGUUGGCAAAAAUAAAGUGUGUUUUCUUGCCCUCUUACGCUCUUGUAAAUUAAAGUGUACACCAUUCGCUUUAAUGGGGGAAUAUUGGCAACGCUUGCCUCCUUACGAUGGCCAUCCAGCCAAAACCAAAGCCAGGGAUUAAGUAGACAAGUGUGUGAACAAAAUUAGAUAUUAAACAUCGAGCUACGUGAAAGCAUGGCUGAGCUACAAGAAGAGCUUCUACCCACAGAUCCCCCAAAGAAGCCCGACCCGGUCACAUCAGAGACCGUCGUGUUUUGGGGGCUGCGCUUAUGGCAGGUCAUAGGCAUCUUCUCCGUCUUCGUUUUAGCGGUCGUGAUCACUCUGUGUUGCAUUUUCAAAUGUCGGAUCCCAAGGACCAAAAAGGAAAUCGAGGCACGUCAUGCACAAAGACAGGCCGCCAAGAAAUAUGCCAACACGUUAGAGACAGUUCCGCCUCUUAACGAGCUGACGGAGGUCCCUGGAUCGGCCAAAGCCGAGGACAAGAAGGAGGACGAGGAGGAGGUGGCCACCGUCUCCGGGAAAGUGGACGCCAAUCGAGGCGAGAGGAAGAGCAAGGAGGCCAGGAGGGAAGGAGGCAAGGGUGCCAAAGAAGGUAAAGGGGAGGAAAAAGGCGCGCCGGCGGCAAAAAAGGGCGAGAAGGGAGCGACCAACAAGGAAGGAGGGAGAAAAACUGCAGAAAAAGGAAGUAAAGGAGGAGGAGCCAAGAAAGCUCCAAAGUGAACUCAUGGACAAACAUGACAUUUAUGGCAUGCAUCCAAAUUAAUAUCUCGGGAAAGCAUCUUAACAAUAACACCUUUUAUUGUCAUGAUGCAACAUUAUAGACACUUGCUUGUUUACACAUAUGUACACUGCCCCCCCCCCCCCACACACAUCUCCAUGGCAACAGGCUCCACUUCGACAAGAUAAUAAACCACGUUAUAAGACAACACUUCUCUGCUUCCAUGAGAGGUUUUUCUUUACAAGGAAACUGAAUUUUAACUGUGUGCUUAUCAACUGGAAGAAAACACAAUCAUUUGAUACAAUCAGUAGAGAACACUGAAUUAGAUACAGAAAUGACGAUAAGGUGCUCGAAUACGCACAUCUUUGUUUAGUAAUAACGGACGUAAUGUUGUGGUACUGCACUGGUAAUUAAAGAUGUCUAGACAGAUGAUGCAUUUGACCAA